UUGGGAAAAGUUUUGUGUUGUUUUUUUUUCUCUCUCUCUCUCUUCUUUUUCUACCUUUUCCAAGCCUGCCUUUCUGGCUGGGGUGUUGAAGAAUCUUUGGGUGAGUGUAACUUUAAGGAAAAUUCUUUCUUUGCUCUUUCCUUUGGUCCUCCUCCCCUUAACCCUUCUGCAGCCGGAUGGAAUUUGCACCCCCUUCUCUGUACUUUCUGGUUUUUCCAAGGCCACCCACCCCCCUUCCCGCUUGCCCCCAAAUCAGCCGGCUAUGCUAAUUUUUCAGGUCUUUGCUGCUGCUAUCUCGCACAAGGUUGCGGCUGUGUGUAGGAGUUGUCUGUGUCGGGAAGUGAGAGCCAAGAAAAGGAAGCAGCCUCUGUUCCCCAGUCUCUCUUCUCUCUCAUUCACUCACUCUCACUGUCUUUUGGAGAAGACAAUGUAAGCAAGAAGUUAACUGAGUAAGCAACUUUGUUGUAAGGGCUCUGAGUAGACUCCUCAGGGCUCAGAGUAGGAGGAACCCAAGAAUGAACAGGAGAGAAGACUAAAAGAAAGAAAAUCAGCUGUUCUUCAAGACUCCAGAAAAGCAGAGUUGGGAAGAAGAAGAAGAAGAAAGCAAAUUUUGCUGAGCCAAAAAGCCAAAUUAAUGCAGGGAUUUUGAAAAGGGGGAGCGGAAUUCUCUGGGAUAGUCCCUAAAAUUCCCUCUGUCCUUUUUCUCUUUCUUCUUCUUUUUUGAGACAGACAAGUGUUUUGAGUUGAGGAAUUUAUUUCCAAACUUUCUCGGCAAGAGUUUUGGGCACAAGGGGAGAAGGGACCACGUCAGAUCCAUCGUUCCCCCGGCCUCUUGGGUGCUGUUGACUUCACCGAGGACUUCGUCACUUGUUUUUUUGGACUGCAGUGAUCAUUUCUUCUUCUCCGGCUGCUUUUUUAAUGAUUCGGUGAAGGCGGGCGGCUGUUUCUUGGGAAGAGAUCGGGGUUUUUUCCCAACGGAUUUUUUUUUUUAAUUUCCCCCCCCUGUUUUUUCUUCCACCGAUGAGCCACUAAACUGUUUUGAAAGCUGGGAUGAUUUUCGAGGGAGCUUUUCAAUUUGGGAAGAUGGACCAAGUGAGCUGGUGCUUCCUCUCCGGUCUGCUGGCUUGGUCGAUGGGCAUCAGCCACACCCAAGAAGCUGGUUACUUCCAAGAAAGUCCUUCAAAUUUGACCUCGUCUUUGGGAAAAGAUGUGAAACUCACCUGCUCGGUCCUGGCCCUGGGCGAGGCACCGGAGAUCAGCUGGCUGAGGAAUGGCAAGGUCUUCGAAUUUGCCGACAGUAACCAGAUCCAGGUGCCUUUGGAAGAAGAAGAAUGGAUGACCACCAGCGAACUGAGCAUCUCUUCCCUCCAGCUUUCGGACAUGGGAAAUUACCAGUGUGUGGCCUCGGUGAAUGGAUCUGAAUUGUUUUCCGAAGAAGCUUACCUGCAGUUAGAAGGCCUCCCCUUUUUCUCCGAGGAGCCCCAAGAUCUGGAGAUCACGGCUGGUACUCCCUUCAACCUCAGCUGUGCCGCCCAGGGACCCCCGGAACCUGUUUCGGUCAUCUGGUUGCAGGACAGCGUUCCCCUUAACUCCUUGGCGGAUCCCCUGGCCGAGACCCCUUCCGUGUUGGGGGUGAAAGGGCUGAAUCACAGCGCCUCCUUCUCGUGCGAAGCCCACAACGCCAAGGGAGUCAGCACCUCCCGGACUGCGGUGGUGAGAGUGUUACCUGGACGGCCACGUGACUUAUCCGUUGCCCAUCGUAGUGACCACAGCCUGGAUGUGACGUGGGAGCCCGGUUUUAGCGGCGCCUACGCACAGGAGUUCUGCGCCAUCCAGGCUAUGCGCUCCGAUGAAGACCUGAGCACCGUUUCCGACGAGCUGUAUAACCGCAAGAUCCGCGUCCCGCCUUUCAGCCACACGCUGGACGGCCUGGCAGCCUUCACCACCUACCACGUGCGCGUGGCCUGCCAUUCCACCGAGGGCCAUUCGCCCUGGACCCACUGGGUCGCUAUGGAGACCUUGGAAGGGGCGCCUGCAACCCCGCCAGAGAACGUUGAGGCGAUUCAGAACGGCAGCGGCACCAUCAUCCAGUGGGGACAACCACAGGGCAGCAUUAACGGGAUUCUUCGGGGGUAUAAGCUCGUGUGUCAAAGUGGGGAUUCACCCGAGGUGAUCGUGGACGUGGGACUGACCAACGAGACAGUUUUGUCUCUGAACUCAAGUGUACAGAACUUGACCGUACGGAUUGCAGCCUACACCAGUGCUGGAGACGGACCCUGGAGCGAAGCCAUCAUGAUCCUCUCCUCGAAACCAGGUGAAGUACUACCAGCUCCUCAGUCAGUAGGAAUCUCCGUCCCUGCCUUCUCCUGGCACUGGUGGUAUGUGGUGAUCGCCGUGGCCACCGCUGUGGCAGCCACCAUCUUCAUUAUCAUCUUCUUGGCACGUAUGAGGAAAAAGGAGACACGCUACGGGGAAGCCUUUGAGCCCAACAUGGAACAGGGAGAGCUGGUGGUUCAUUAUCGCGCCCGCAAAUCGUACAGCCGCCGGACCACUGAAGCUACUUUGAACAGUCUGGGCAUCAGUGAAGAAUUGAAGGAAAAGCUUCAGGAUGUAAUGAUUGACCGCCAUAGAGUGGCUCUGGGCAAGACCCUUGGCGAAGGAGAAUUUGGCUCGGUUAUGGAGGGUCAACUCAGCCAAGACGGUGCCGUCUUUAAAGUUGCGGUCAAGACAAUGAAGAUUGCCAUAUGCACCCGCAGCGAGAUGGAGGACUUCCUCAGUGAGGCUGUUUGCAUGAAGGACUUUGACCAUCCCAACGUCAUGAAACUGAUAGGCGUCUGUCUGCAGAACACAGAGAGUGAAGGCUACCCAUCCCCUGUGGUGAUCCUGCCAUUCAUGAAACAUGGAGAUCUACACAGCUUCCUGCUCUACUCCCGGCUCGGGGAGAGCCCCGUGUACCUCCCCACGCAGACGCUGGUCAAGUUCAUGGUGGACAUUGCAAGUGGCAUGGAGUACCUCAGUAGCAAGAACUUCAUUCAUCGGGACCUCGCGGCCCGCAACUGCAUGCUGAACGAAAGCAUGACGGCCUGCGUGGCCGAUUUCGGCCUCUCCAAGAAGAUCUACAACGGUGAUUAUUACCGCCAAGGUCGUAUCUCCAAGAUGCCGGUGAAAUGGAUUGCCAUCGAGAGCCUGGCCGAUCGCGUUUAUACCACCAAGAGCGACUCCACAAGUUUUAAAGUUGCCCAGAUUGCUGACCCUGGCUGCAGAUCCCCAGAAGGAAUCUCUUCUCCAGAAAUAUUUCUCCGUCUUCUUAUUACUCUCCCCCUCCCCUCCAUCCCACCCCCUCCCCCCAGGUAUGAGCUGAUGAUGAGCUGUUGGGCGCUGAACCCCCGCGACCGUCCCACUUUCGAAAUCCUGUCCCAGGAGCUGGAGAAGACCCUCAAGUCGCUCCCACCGCCCAAAGAUCCCGAGGAGAUCCUCUACGUCAACAUGGACGAUGGAGUGGCCCCCGCCGAGGCGGAGCUGGGCGCCGUGGGAGUUGGCUCCGAGAAGGCCUGGCAAGAGAGCCAGCAUCUGAAGGCCAUGGUCACGUCCGCCGAGGUCCAUCCCCCGCAGGCGACGGGCCGCUACGUCAUGUGCCCCACUCCCCUCGAGAACAGCCGGCUCUUGACCGAGACCCUCGGCUACGCCGCCACUGAGGAAGGGGCCUAAAAAAAGGGAAGAUCUGCAGACCCCCUGAGCUGGCUGGUUGCAAGGCUGGUGACUCCCCACCUCUCCGCCCUCAAGAGGGGGCUUCCAAAGACAAACCCUUGAGACCCACAGCCAUCCAUCACCCCAGGAAUCGCUCACUCCUGAUUCUGCCGACGGAGAUGAUGCAAACACGGGAUUUAGAUGGGAGUCCUUUUUCGGGAGCCAGUGGGGAGGGGGGUUAACGUGGCAGGAUAGAGGUUGCCCCCCCCCCAUCCUCUCUCCUGCCACUGAAGGGAAGAGACCCACAGGAUUUCCCUUUGCCUGCCUUUCUUCUUCCAUUCCCAAUGGUCACAGUCACAAUUUUCAGCCCUUGCGUGCUAUUACUCAGCAGCCUGAGGCAGAAAUUGCUCUGAGCUGUGGUUUGCUCCAUCGGAACAGGCUGCUGAACAAACCACAAUGAGUCAAAUUUCCCAUAAGUCAUUUAAGCCAUAAAUCGCGGCCUUCCAACAAUGGGCUGAGUGUAUUGGGCCACUCUUCUCUUAACGAUGUCGGUCUUAUCAGACAGCUAAUUGGCUCCGAUGUCACUCUAAGCUACGGUUCUCACCCUAGGCGACUUGAAGCUGGGUGGACUUCAACUCCCAGAAUUCCCCAGCCCAGCAGAAAGUAUCAUGGCCGGCUAGGGAAUUCUGGGAGUCGAAGUCCACCCAUCUUCAAGGCGCCCAGGUUGAGAAAUAUUCCCCUCCUCCACCAUAAAUCGUGGUUUGCAAAAGCACAAAUAUGGUUUACAAAAGGCUGGGUUUGUACAGCAUAUAUGAAGUCAAAAUAAGAUACUUUUUUAUGGUGUAGCAUGAUAUGCGAACCCUGUUCAUAUUAGGGGGCAAACCCAGCCAUCCUGUCUGUGAAGGUUUUGGGGGCAAAUUUUACUCUCUAAAUUUCCUCCAUGAGUGAUAUUUCCCCAACCCAGUAAACUAAAAGCCUCUUAGAGGUUGCAUUCACACAACCUUGUUAAGCUUAGAUUGUUUUAACCUGAAAGUAGGGAUUUGUGGAUGUCUGCAUUAGUGGGUCUGAACCAUUUAAUGUGUUUACAGUUCAAGGGCACUGUGCGAAUCCCACCCAAAGGUUUAAUUCGUAACCAGAUGAAGGAUGUUGUGUGAACGCAAGCAAGCAAACCCAGGUCUUGUCUUUUUAAUUCCCGUUCCUUCCAACGGGAAUACAGGUGGUCCUCGUACUUAACGACCACAACUGAGCCCCGACACUUCCGUCGCUAAGUGGAUUUCGCUCCAUUUUUGCCACCUUCCUCGCCACGAUUCUUAAAGUGAGCCACCGCCGUCGUUACAUCGGGACACAUGGUUGUUAAGCGAAUCUGGCUUCCCCGAUGACUUUGCCGGUCAGACGGUCGCCAAAAAGGGGGGAAUCACGUGAUGCGGGGACCGUCAUAACUAGGAGUCCGUUGCCAAGCGUGCCGGAUUUUGAUCACGUGACUACCGGGAAGCUGCCAUGGUUUUAUUAUAUAAGUGUGAAAAAACAGUCAUAAAUCACAUUUUUCAGUGUCGUUGUAACUUCGAACGCCAUUAAGCAAAUUGUUGUAAGUUAAGAACUACCUGUAUUUUGUUCCUUACCCCCUUCCUACAUUUAUUUCCAGCUGUUUCACUGCCACAAUUGUCUGCUCAUCAUCCUUGACUUGACACCAAGGACAAAUGAAAGACGGUCACUCUAAACCAGGGGUCUCCAACCUUGGCAACUUGAAGCCUGGAGGACUUCAACUCCCAGAAUCCCCCAUUCGGGGAUUCUGGGAGUUGAAGUCCUCCAGGCUUCAAGUUGCCAAGGUUGGAGACCCCUGCUCUAAACCUCAGAUUGCAUGGAGCAGAGUCAUAUUUUUUAAAAAAAAAAAAAUCAGAUGGACUUUUUAUAUCCCGCGUGCUUCUCAAGAAAUAUUUCUGGAGCUCUCCACAUCUGGCUCCUGAACUGAAUCCCAAGAGGAACGUUCAGACUGAUCUACUCUCAUGAAAAACUUCAGGGUUUCCUCCAUCACUGACGGGAUUCUUAAGAAGACCAAGUCUUGAGGAAACUGGCCGGCAUUUUAUUUUAGCCAUACCUGAACAGUGCAAAAGCUGAUCUCUGGGGAGAGACUGAGAAUCCUGCAAAGACAGACAAAACAAAACAAAAAACCCAGAACAGAAGAACAGAGACGGAAGGGACCUUGGAGGUCUUCUAGUCCAACCCCCUGCUCAGGCAUGAAACUCUAUAUACCGUUUCAGACAAAUGGUGGUCCGAAUUAAAAAUCUCCAGUGCCUAUCCAGAUGAGGACUUCAGGAUGGUUAAAAAUGGAUUCCUAACCCCUCCGUCCUUCUCUGCUGUGAUGAGGGAGAAGUUUUUUUCUUCUUUCUUCCGUUUUUUUUUUUGCAAGGCCUUUGCAGAAACGAGAGACGGACCCACCUGCAUCGGCUAGGAAAUGCCCCCCCCCCCGCCCCAAGGAAAACCCCCAAUCUCAGUUUCUUCCUGGAAAAGUCUCCACCUUCAACAGCUGCAAGGAAGAUGGAAAUAACCACCAGUGUCAGUUCUCCAUCGCCGUUUUGCUCUCCUGGGAAAAACCCAACCUGCACGAUCCUUGCCGAUGGUGAUGAUAAUGUUACCCCGACAGCUUGUAUGUAGCUGACUAUGUCAUACAAAGCAGUAUUUCUCAAUCUUGGCAAUUCGAAGACCUGUGAAUGGCAGCUCCCAGAAUUCUGGGAGUUGAAGUCCACACAUCUUAAAGCUUGCUAGCAUGCUGGCUGGGGAAUUCUGGGAGUUGAAGUCCACCGUUAGCAUGCUGGCUGGGGAAUUCUGGGAGUUGAAGUCUACACAUCUUACAGUUUGCUAGAAUGCUGGCUGGGGAAUUCUGGGAGUUGAAGUCCACCGUUAGCAUGCUGGCUGGGGAAUUCUGGGAGUUGAAGUCUACACAUCUUACAGUUUGCUAGAAUGCUGGCUGAGGAAUUCUGGGAGCUGAACUCCACACAUUUGGUAGGUGCCAAGGCUGAGAAAUCCUGCGGGGGCUGUUCUUUAUCCCCGUUGUGAGGAAACACAACAUUUAUGAGCGUAUGUGUGGGCAGCCACCGUAUCUUCGGACUGCUGGUUACAGACCACACCUGGAGAGAAGCAUUUGGUCCAUAUGCUAAUCUAGUUAGUUUGGACUUUAGUUUGACUGUUUGGGGGAUGAUCCUUGAUUUGCAACCUCCAAGCCUUUUGAAACGGAAACUAACUGAAUGUCUUGUAUGAACUUAGGAAAAAUUGGUUAACGUAGUCACCAAGUUAAGGUUUCCUGCAAACAUAGCUGGGUAGGGCCAGGUCUGAUGUUAGUUACAGCAAUUCUGGUCUCAGAGCCUGCCUGGAAAAUAAUAAAAAGGGGUCCAGUCUGGCAGAGGGGCUGCAAAAAAAAUAAAAGUAGGGGGGAUUUUAUGUUACUCAGCUGAUCCAUUUUUCAAAGUGAAUCUUGCAGCCGUGGUUCCAUGUCGCGCUUCAGUUUGGGACUAGCAGAUACAAUUGUGCAAUGCCAACGUCUUUGAGAAAGCUUCUUCCCUGCCGUUGGUUGAAUCCUAUUUUCAGGGACUUCAUUCCAGCUGCCAAAUCAUAUUUUCCGUUCUGCUUGCCAGUAUGUAUUGAUGCAAUCUCGUCUUCCUUUUGGGGAUCUGUAAGGGAUGGCCAGAUUGGAGGUCAUUCAUUCAUUCAUUCUGCUGGUCUUAAAAAGCAGUGCUGUCCAACUAUGGCCAUUUUAAAACCUGUGGACUUCAAAUCCCAGAAUGGCCCAGCUAGCAUGUCUAAACCCCACCCCCCCUUUUUUUGACAUGCAACACACCUCCUUUUGACAUUCCUUGUACCUGUCAUUCCUGUUAUUUGACUUCAUCUGCUAUUACAUUAAGAUUACAGUCUAUCAAGCUGACGUGCACACAGUCCGUUGAAUUAUUUCCCUUUAGAUCAGGGGUCUCCAAUCUUGGCAAGUUUAAAACUUGUGGACUUCAACUCCCAGAACUCCUCAGUCAGCUUUGAUUCUGGGAGUUGAAGUUCACAAGUCUUAAAAGUUGCCAAGAUUGGAGACCCCUGCUUUAGAUUCUUAUUAAUGAUUUUUUUUAUAUAUAUAUAUAAAUAAAUAAAUAUAUAAAUGUAUAUACUUUUUAAAGAAGAAAAAAUGCUGUAUAUGAAAUGUUUUUUCCACUCAUUACUUUUGUAAAAACGCAUUUUCCACUCAGGUCUGUUUUUUAGAGAAUGCUCUGUGGUAUAUUUUGCUUAUAAAUAAAAACUUUCUUUAAAAAAAAA